GAUCGGCGGAUCUCAGUUUCCGUUUCCCUUGAAACUAAAAUCCGAAGGGAAAAGCCAUGGCUGUCCGAGCUACGAUGGCGCGGUUCCCUAUCGACCCUGACGCCCAGGACGCCUGCGGCAUGCCCUGGGGAGUCACCGUUACGCCGUUCGCGUCCAAGGACGAGAACGGUCAACCUCCGCUCUAUGGAUCGGACGCGCAUCUUCUGCCACGAUGCGAGAACUGCUACGCCUACUUCAAUACUUACUGCGAACUAGACCAUUGGGCCUGGAACUGCUCGCUCUGUGGGACACUAAACGGUCUGUCCUCCGAGGCCAUCACCAGAUACUCCCAUCCUCAGUCUUGCGCCGAGAUGAGCUCCUCCUUUAUCGAUCUCGAGUUGCCAAUGGAGGGAUCAGAGGAGCAAAUUAUGCAAGCUCGUCCGGUAUAUGUUGCAGCUGUUGAUUUGGCAUCUUCUGAAGAAUUUUUGGAGCUCAUUAAAAGUGCAUUGCAAGCUACGUUGGAAGCUCUCGCACCCGGUUCACUGUUUGGUCUUGCUACUUUCAGCCACAAAAUAGGGUUAUAUGAUGUUCAAGGUCCAAUACCUGUAGUGAAGAAUGUUUUCAUCCCACCAGAUCCCGAGGGCUCCCUGCCAGUUGAGCUUGAAGAUGUCAUGCCUUUGUUACAAUUCCUGGCCCCUGUUGAAACUUGCAAGGAACGCAUCACAUCUGCACUUGAAACACUUAGACCAACGACUUCAUGGGAAAGAACCCCAGGAGCUGGUCAAGGCUUAGAUGGAGUUUUGAUGGGUGGGAGAGGUUUUGGUGUGGCAAUGGAAGCCCUUUUCAACUACCUUGGAUCAGAAUAUGGAAGUACAUUUGCAUUGGCUAGAGUCUUUGCCUUUCUAUCUGGUCCUCCUGAUUAUGGAGCUGGGCAACUAGAUACUAGACGGUAUGGUGAGCAAUAUGCUAGUAAGGGAGAGGAUGCAGACCGAGCUUUACUUCCUGAACAGACACCAUUCUACAAAGAUCUGGCAACUGUGGCUGUUCAAGCAGGUGUAUCUGUGGACAUAUUUGCUGUCACAAAUGAGUAUACAGAUCUGGCAUCUCUAAAAUUUCUCAGCAUAGAAAGUGGAGGCUCACUGUUUUUGUAUUCAAACACUGAUGACUCAACACUUCCUCAGGACAUGUACCGUAUGCUAAGUCGACCAUAUGCUUUUAAUUGUGUUCUCCGACUGAGGACAUCUUCUGAAUUCCAGCCUGGCCAUUCUUAUGGACAUUUCUUUGCAGAUCCACAAUAUGAAAACGUUCAACACAUUAUAUGUUGUGAUUCUUUUGCUACAUAUGCAUAUGACUUUGAUUUUGCUAAUACCACUGGAUUUUCCAGACAUGCUGCAGAACAACCUGUGGUGCAGAUUGCAUUCCAGUACACAGUUGUCGUGCCUCCUGAGGAACUCUCUAGUUCAGGUUCUACAAGUAGAGGCAAGCAUUCUCUUAAAAGGCGUCUGAGGAUUCGAACUAUGCAGUUUGGAACUGCACAAAAUAUUAGUGAACUUUAUGACAGUGUUGAUCCAGAAGCAGUAUUAUCACUACUUGUUCACAAGGUUAUAUUGGCUUCCUUGGAGCAAGGGGUUAGAGAGGGAAGGAUGUUGCUUCAUGAUUGGCUAGUUAUCCUCACAGCUCAAUACAAUGAGGCUUUUAAACUUACCCAGUACAAGAACGGAGGUGGUUUGAUGAAUGGUCAGAUUGAUAAUGCAUUCACACAAUGUCCACAGCUACAACAUUUGCCUCGUCUGGUUUUUGCACUGCUUCGGAAUCCUCUUCUCCGCUACCAUGAAGAAGGUAUCCAUCCUGACUACCGGAUCUACCUGCAAUGUCUUUUCAGUCGUGCUGCACUGAUCACCAGUGGUAGUCCAAUAUUUCUCCUCGAUGCAUUUACAACUCUUAUUGUCUUUUACUCUUCUACAGCAGACCCUAGCUUGCCUUUUCCUCCACCCCAUGAUUGUUUACUGCGGACUACAAUUAACAAAUUGAAGCAAGAGCGGAGUAUUACUCCCAAACUCAUAUUCAUACGUGGAGGGCAGGAUGAUGCCACAUCAUUCGAGAACUAUCUUAUUGAGGAGCAGGAUGUUGAUGGAAGUGGCCUCGCUAGUGUCAUGGGUUUUGUAACAUUCCUUGAAGAUAUCACCCAGAGUGUGCUGGAGUACAUGAAGUAGAAUACAUACACGCACGCCAAUUGCAAAUUACAACUCGGACUUUGUAAAGCUUACAAAAAAUGACUCAAUGAUCUUUGAAACCAUGGUAUUUGCUGGCUGUUGUUGUUGCUAUAUAUUUCCUUCUUCAUCAGAAACCAUAUAGUCACAGGAACAUAGUCAAACUUCUAAAAUGCAAAGGCAGGCGCAUUUUGAGAACUUCGUAUUUUUUGUCUUUGUUUUUGUUUUUGUUUUUUUUUUAAGGUUUUUUCUUUUCUUUCCUUUAGGGGGUUUAAAAGAAAAAAAUCAGUGAGAA